AUGGGAAUGAAAAUUCUUAUUUGCGCAUUAGGAAUAGCAGCUUUGUCCUUAGCUGGAGGAAUAGCUUGAUAUAGGCUAAGGUCUUCAAUGAAAUUCGCCACAAUCAAGCUCCUUGACAAGCCUUCCUUUAUAAAAGUCCUCGCACAAAUCCGAGAAGCUUUUUCAGAGAAUUUUGCGACUUUGCUUAAAUUGAACCGCAAAAAACGUAGAAAUUUGUAUAGAGGUGGAAAAGAAUACAGGAUCUGUAUAAGAGACUUAAAAGAUCACGCAAGAAGAGCUCUUGACAAAGCAACUGCUGAUGUCCUCGGACGAUUACGGUUAACAGAGGAAAUUUUUCAAGAAUCUUAUAACCGUAUGGAGCACGACCCAGAGGUGGCUCUAGCGUUCAGUAAAGUAUGUUCAAUACCAGUUAAAAAUGUAUCUUCCUUGCUUAAUCAGUCAAGAUUAAACGAAAUUUUCAAGUUCACCACAUCCCGCACAAGCAAAAUCAAUGAAGAGGACCCAAAUGAGCUGAAUAUCAAGAUGAAAAUGAUAGAAGACGAAAUCUAUGAGCAGUUCGGGUUUGAGACAGAAGAAAUCGAGGCAGCUGUUGCCAAAUACCAAAGCGAGAUGGGAUCUUGGAUCCAACAAAACAGAGAAAUCAAUAAUAAUUUGUUAGAGAAUACUAAUGAAGAUCUUUUUUAA